AUGGCCGCUGCCAGUUGUGUGAGACGAGCCUGUGACCCGUGUCAUAAUCUCAAGGAGAAAUGCAGACGACCUGACGCGGACACCCCUUACGACGAGACACGCAGCAAAGACGGGCCGGAAGCCACGUUGUCAACAAAGAUUACUUUACACACUACCAAAUUCGACAAGUUCAGCAUUUGGUGA